UUUGGGGAUCUUGUACCUGUACGAAAGGCUUGAGCUUUUUGCCUUUCCCUUUCCCUCCCCUUCCUUUCCAUCAACGUCCGCCUCAGCAGAUUCCCCAGUUUUUCCCGCUUUCCAUUCUUCCUUUCUUUCCUUUCCCCCUCUCUUCAAUUUCUAAAUCCCAAUCCCAAGCCAAGAAUCUCUUUCCUUCUCGGAGAUUCUCUCUUUCUUUCUCUCAAAACUAAACUUUAUCAAUGAUGCCUUUGUUCCUCUCUCUUCCCCGUUCUCUCCUCUCUUUCUCCAUCUCUUCUGUUCCUGUUCAUUCCCCUUUUCCUCCACAGCUCCCCCUAUCAUCCCUCCCCCCUCUCUCUCUUAGUCCUUUUCAUUUUAGGCCUCCCUUUUCAACUCUUUCUCGGAAAACCAAAACAAACUUCUAUACAUAGAUUUCCACAGCCCUUCAGCUCAUGUCUUCUUCCAGUGUCAACCACCUCUCCCAGCCUUGUAUAUAUGCAGGGCUUUCUUCAUAUGCAGAGAGGAAGUCAAGGUUUAUGAAAUGGCUGAGUAAGCUAUUUAAGGGGGGGAGUUCGAGCAGGGGUAUCACAAGUGGACACCAACCUCAGUUUCUAGGGGACGAAAAUAUGGUUUGGCGUGCUCCUGUUAGAUCCUUGGAUGAUCGCUCUCGAGCUAAUAAAGAAAAAGAGGAGUUAGACCGAGCAAUUGCACUUUCUCUUGCUGAAGAUUUAAAAAGGCCACAAGGAUACCGGUGGCGAUCAGACCACGAUGAAGAUCUUGGGAGCUCACUUCAUGGGAACCUAAAUUCGCCAUACCCUCCCUAUGCUCCCAGAGAAUAUUAUCCAAGAUCAUAUACAAUCUGUGGUGGUUGCAACCGUGAAAUUGGCACUGGUAAUUAUUUGGGAUGCAUGGGGACAUUUUUUCAUCCAGAUUGCUUCCGAUGUCAUGCUUGUGGAUCCCCAAUUACUGAAUUUGAGUUUUCUUUGUCAGGUGGUUAUUCAUACCAUAAAUCUUGCUUCAAAGAGCUGGCUCAUCCCAAAUGUGAAGUCUGCGACCAAUUUAUUCCAACAAAUGGAGCUGGUUUGAUUGAGUAUAGGUGCCACCCCUUCUGGUCUCAGAAAUACUGCCCCUCACACGAGUAUGACAAGACGCCUCGAUGCUGCAGUUGUGAAAGACUGGAGUCGCGCAGUGCAAGAUACAUAUCACUAGGAGAUGGACGUAGUUUAUGCUUAGAAUGCAUGGAGUCUGCAAUUAUGGAUACCGGUGACUGCCAGCCACUUUAUCAUGCCAUUAGAGAUUACUAUGAAGGAAUGAACAUGAGAAUUGAUCAGCAAAUCCCCAUGCUUCUUGUUGAAAGACAAGCUCUUAAUGAAGCUAUUGAAGGCGAGAAACAAGGUUUCCACCACAUGCCUGAAACUAGGGGUUUAUGCCUUUCUGAAGAGCAGACUGUUACCAGUAUUUUGAGAAGACCAAGGUUUGGAGGUCACAGUUUGGUAGGGAUGACAAGACAACCUCAGAAAUUAACUCGGAAAUGUGAAGUAACAGCUAUUCUGGUUCUGUAUGGCCUUCCAAGACAAUGCAGAUUAUUAACUGGUGCCAUUCUGGCUCAUGAAUUGAUGCAUGCCUGGUUGCGUCUAAAAGGUUACCGUAAUCUGAGUCCUCAGGUGGAAGAAGGUAUCUGUCAAGUGCUUUCGCAUUUGUGGCUGGAGUCUGAAGUUAUGCCCGAAUUCAGAAACAUGCCAUCCACAUCAGCAGCUUCAUCAUCCUCAUCGUCAACUUGGUCAUCAUCUAAAAAAGGUGCAAAAUCACGCAUAGAAAGCAAGCUGGGGGAGUUUUUUAUGCAUCAGAUAGCAAACGAUGCUUCGCCAGCAUAUGGAGAAGGAUUUAGAGCUGCUAAUGCUGCUGUAAAGAAAUAUGGUUUACGCCGUACCUUGGACCACAUCCGCGAAAACAGAAGCUUUCCUGAAUAAGUUUCAUGUAUAUGGCAAGUCCUAAACCUCGUUCAAGAUUCAUCUAUUUUAUGCCCCGUCAAAGAUGGUGGAAAUAACUCCUCGGGAGGAAUGAGUUUGAUCAUGCCAAAUUGGAUUAGCUCCCUCUAAUUUUUUUGGGGGCCCUUUUGAGGAUGCAUUUAAGAUUUACUGGUUCCUGAAUAAGAAGCAUGUCUUUCGACCAGAAGGAUGGAUCCUUGGGCCGACAACUUCAGAAACCACUGACAGAAUCCUCAAGCGUGACAUCCAGGAGAUGGGAAACUCCUCCGCUACAUUGUCCUGUUGCGCUAAGCUCUGAUGUAUUACUCUCUAUGAUAGCGCUAAAAAAUAGGAUUUUAAAUUCAAUCAACGAAAUAGAAAGAUUCUGUUUGUUAAACCUUUGGUUAGAUCUUGGAUCCAUGAUUGUUAUUUUCUUGAUGGACUUGAACAUCAUCCGAAAAUCCCAAAUCCAAUCUGAACAGAAAACUUUGGAAGUAUUACUUACCAUGGACGGAAACCGUACCGGAGCUGUUUGAACACUUUUAGUUUUCCAAUUCCAAGCUUCAAUCACUUCGACUCCGGAUGCCUCGAGAAAACUUAGAAAUCUUUACCACCCAAGAUGAGUGAAUACUUAGGCGUCUAACAUAAUUUGCAAAGAGCAAUUAGAUUCACAUAAGAUGUCACAUGCUGAGCAUUCACAAAUAUUAGGGUAAUUGCAGUAAACAAUUAUCUUACAGAAUCCAAAAAGAAAAAUACCUAAACUAGAUGGAUCAAUGAAGGCAGAUGCUCAAAAUUUUUCGUCUUACAGAUGAUUCUAUGAAGGUGUGAAGAAUAUGCUGGCGUAAAAUUGAAGAAUACCGCUCUAUACAAGAAAAUUGCGGUUUUCCGGUAUUACAAAUUACAACAUAGCCCUAUCUGAGAAAUGUUGUCUAACAAACCAUCUUCAUAUCAUGCAUUGUGCUUGAAUAUAUGAAGUUACUUUCCGGGACACCAACAGAGUCAACUUCCAGGAAUGUUUGAUAAAACCUGCUUCAACUUUUCAUACGUCAUGAACACAAUACUCACACUUGGCACUACCUUAUAAUAUUCAGGUAAAAUUCCUCUGUACAAACCGCGAAAGCCUUCCGUUCGAAAUAUAUGCCUGAAUGUACCAAAAAGUCCCGUCUUGUAAACACGGGCUCGACCACCUGCUCCUUCCAACUGCAUUCGGCGCCUCACAAGAUCCAAAGGGAAUGUUGCUACAAAAUAAAGUAUAUGAAAUCAAGGGGGAAAAAAAA